GGGGCGGCCCCGCGGCGCGCGCGCAAAGAUGGCGACGCCCUAUGUGACGGACGAGACCGGCAGGUACAUCCCGUCCACGCAGCGCCCGGACGGGACCUGGCGGAAGCAGCGCCGGGUCAAGGAGGGCUACGUGCCCCAGGAGGAGGUGCCCGUCUACGAGAACAAAUACGUGAAAUUCUUCCGGAGCAAACCCGAGCUGCCCCCGGGUUUAAACCCCGAGCCCACCCCUUCCCCACCGAGCCGAGGGACCCCCGGGGGGGGCUGCGACCCCUCCCCAACUUUAUCCAAAAGCGCCCGGAGGAACCUGAAACGCAAAGAGAAAAGGAAACAGCAGCAGGAAAAAGAUCGGGAAAACCACGGGGACGGACUGGAAAAAAUCGAGCUGGGAGGAGGAGGAGGAGGAGGAGGAGGAGGAGGAGGAGGAGGAGGAGGAGGAGACAGCGACAGUGGAGGAGGAGGGACAGCGGGAGGGGAGAAAAACGUGGAAAACCCUGGGAAUUCGGGCAAGAAUUCCGGGAAAAAUUCCGGCAAGAAUUCGGGGAAGAAUUCAGCAGAUUCCGGCAAGAAUUCGAGCGAGAAUUCCGGGAAGAAUUCAGCGAAUUCCGGGAAGAAUUCGAGCGAGAAUUCCGGGAAGAAUUCAGCGAAUUCCGUGAAAAAUUCGAGCGAGAAUUCCGGGAAGAAUUCAGCGAAUUCCGGGAAGAAUUCAAGCGAGAAUUCCGGGAAGAAUUCAGCGAAUUCCGGCGAAAAUCCCGGGAUUAAAUCGGGGAAUAAUCCGGGGAGUAACGCCGGGAAUUCCGGGAGUAAAUCGGGGAGUAAUUCCGGGAGUAACCUGGGGAAUUCCGGGGGUAAAUUGGGGAAUAAUGCCGGGAAUACUGCCGGGAAUACUGCCGGGAAUAGCGGCGGGGCCGAGGCGGGGAGCGGCGCGGGCAGCUCGGAGCGCGGCCGGCGCAUGAAGAGCCUGCGGAAGAAGCUGCGGCAGGUGGAGGAGCUGCGGCUGCGGCUGGAGCGGGGGGCGCUGCCCGAGCCCAGCCGGGAGCAGCUGGACAAGCUGGCCCGCAGGAGGGCGCUGGAGGAGGAACUCAGGGCGCUGGAGCUGGACUCGUAAUUUUUGGGAGGGGUUUUGGGGUCUUUUGUUCAUUUUGAAAUUUUUUUAAAAUUUAUUUUUAAUUUUUUUUC